AUGUCAAUAAAUUCAAAAUUUACAAUCAAUAAUGUUUUAUUAAAUCAAGAAUCAUUACAAAAGAAAAAUAAAUAUUCAUGUCCAAUUUGUUUUGAAUAUUUUUAUAAAAAAUCAGUUUAUCAAUGUAGAUCUGGUCAUUAUGCAUGUAGAGAAUGUUGGGAGAAAUCAUUAGAAACAAAACAAGAAUGUAUGAUUUGUAGAUCAGAAGUGAAUUCAUAUAAAGAUUUAUCAAGAUGUUUAGUAAUUGAACAAAAUUUUGCUAAAAAAGAAUGUUGUUGUAUUUACUCAUACUUUGAUUAUUUUAUUGAUGCCAAUCAAAAAUAUGAAAAUGAAGAAAAUGAAAAAAGAAUAUUAAUAAAAGAUGAAGAGACUGGUUGUAGAGAAAUAAUAAAUGUAGAUCGAUUAGAUACACAUAUACAAAAUUGUUAA